AUCCACUCAGCUACAACUAAAAAAAAAAAAAACCCUACAUUCAGCAGCAGCUGACCUCAGUUUCCCAAAACAACUGUUUAAUUACACGGCCAAAAAGCCGAAGUUAGGGUUUUUCAGUUGCAAGAAUGGAGGGAUUGAUUUCCCUGAAAACAACUCCUGGAAUUUCCUCCCAAUCGAUUCCUUCCUUUAAUCACCCACCUAAUUUCUUCCUCAGACGCUCCUCAAUGGAUCUUCCUCUCCGUCGCUCCAAUUUUUUCGCCAUUCGAGCCCAUCAGUCGGAUACGGUAUCUCCGAAAAAGGAAGAGGAUGAAGAUGCUUUAAAAGUAAAGGAGUGGGAAGUUGGAAUGUUCCAAAACGAAGUCGCAGCCAGUCAAGGAAUAAGAAUUCGGCGACGCCCACCGACAGGUCCGCCGUUGCAUUACGUGGGUCCGUUCGAGUUCCGUUUGCAGAACGAGGGUAACACUCCUCGUAACAUUCUCGAAGAAAUCGUUUGGCACAAAGAUAUGGAAGUUUCCGAAAUGAAAGGGAAGAAGCCUUUGGCUGCGUUGAAGAAGGUUAUUGAGAAUGCACCUCCGACUAGAGAUUUCGUUGGGGCUCUUAAGGCGGCUCAUUCGCGGGCUGGAUUGCCUGGUUUAAUUGCUGAAGUUAAGAAGGCUUCUCCUAGCAGAGGAAUUCUCAGAGAGAAUUUUGAUCCUGUUGAGAUUGCAAGGGCAUAUGAGAAGGGUGGAGCUGCUUGUCUUAGUGUUUUGACCGAUGAAAAGUAUUUUAAGGGAAGCUUUGAAAAUUUGGAGGCAAUAAGAAAUGCUGGAGUAAAGUGUCCUCUACUGUGCAAAGAAUUUGUGAUAGAUGCAUGGCAGAUCUAUUAUGCUCGAAUCAAAGGAGCAGAUGCAAUACUUUUAAUUGCUGCUGUUUUGCCUGAUCUUGACAUCAGAUACAUGAUUAAAAUCUGCAAGAUGCUUGGUUUGGCAGCUCUUGUAGAGGUGCAUGAUGAGAGGGAAAUGGAUCGUGUUCUUGGUAUAGAGGGUAUUGAACUUAUUGGUAUCAAUAAUCGUAACCUUGAAACAUUUGAGGUAGAUAUCAGUAACACAAAGAAGCUUCUUGAAGGAGAGCGUGGCCAAAUGAUCCGUCAGAAAGAUAUAAUUGUUGUAGGAGAAUCAGGGCUAUUUACUCCAGAUGAUGUUGCUUACGUGCAAGAAGCUGGUGUUAGAGCUGUUUUGGUUGGGGAGUCGAUAGUGAAGCAAAGCGACCCUGGAAAAGGAAUAACUGGACUUUUUGGUAAAGACAUUUCUUUGUGAGUUCAUAAUAGAAAGUUGGAUAAAGUUGACUCUGGGAUGCGUGCGUUCAUGUUCAUGUGUUGUUGUAUCAUGUACUUUCCGGUAUCGUGCCCCUGGGAUUAUUGUUAGUAUUUCCUUUUAACAUCAGAAUGAGUGUACUAGAAUAAAUGUUCCUUGUCUGAAAAAUAAAUGUUAUUUUUAAUUAAGAUCAAAUUAUGUGAUUAAUCUUUGUAUUCAGUCAAAAUUUUAGAUUUAGUUUUUUCAGUAUAAUUUUUUAAACUGAGACCUUUUAUUA